ACUGAAUUUCGUUGUUGAGUGGUAGACGUGUGUCCAACAUCGAUAAAGAUGUCGUACAACAAAACUAUAUCCGCACGACAAGCGUCCAGGGAGCAUGUUUUAGCAGUUUCCCGAGAUUUUAUAUCUCAACCUAGACUCACUUAUAAAACCGUAUCUGGAGUAAACGGACCUCUGGUCAUUUUGGAAGAAGUAAAAUUCCCGAAAUUUAAUGAAAUCGUACAGCUUAAGCUGUCCGAUGGCACUCUUCGUUCUGGUCAAGUAUUGGAAGUCGGUGGAUCAAAAGCUGUUGUACAGGUAUUCGAAGGCACCUCAGGAAUUGAUGCUAAAAACACAAUUUGUGAAUUUACGGGAGAUAUUCUUAGAACUCCCGUCUCAGAAGAUAUGUUGGGACGCGUUUUUAAUGGUUCAGGAAAACCCAUUGAUAAAGGUCCUCCAAUUCUGGCCGAGGAUUACCUAGAUAUUGACGGUCAGCCCAUCAACCCUUGGGCCCGUAUCUACCCAGAGGAGAUGAUCCAAACCGGUAUAACCGCCAUCGAUGUGAUGAAUUCCAUCGCUCGUGGUCAGAAAAUUCCCAUUUUCUCUGCCGCCGGUUUACCGCACAAUGAAAUCGCUGCCCAGAUUUGUCGGCAAGCUGGUCUUGUCAAAAUCCCUGGAAAGUCCGUCCUAGACGAUCACGAAGACAAUUUCGCCAUCGUAUUUGCCGCUAUGGGUGUGAACAUGGAGACCGCUCGGUUCUUCAAGCAAGAUUUCGAGGAGAACGGCUCUAUGGAGAACGUGUGCCUGUUCUUGAACUUGGCCAACGAUCCCACCAUUGAGAGAAUCAUUACCCCCCGACUCGCCUUGACGGCUGCCGAGUUCUUGGCUUACCAAUGUGAGAAACACGUCUUGGUCAUUUUGACUGAUAUGUCUUCGUAUGCUGAGGCCUUGCGUGAGGUGUCGGCCGCUAGAGAGGAGGUGCCUGGCCGUCGUGGUUUCCCUGGUUACAUGUACACAGAUUUGGCCACGAUUUACGAGCGUGCCGGCCGUGUGGAGGGCCGUAACGGUUCCAUCACUCAGAUCCCUAUUUUGACUAUGCCCAACGACGAUAUUACCCAUCCGAUUCCCGAUUUGACUGGUUACAUUACCGAGGGACAGAUCUAUGUAGACCGUCAGCUGCACAACAGGCAGAUCUACCCGCCGAUCAACGUGCUGCCCUCGCUGUCCCGUCUCAUGAAAUCCGCCAUCGGCGAGGGGAUGACCAGGAAGGACCACUCCGACGUCUCUAAUCAGUUGUACGCCUGCUACGCUAUCGGCAAGGACGUCCAGGCCAUGAAGGCUGUAGUAGGAGAGGAGGCCCUGACACCCGACGAUCUCCUGUACUUAGAGUUCCUGACGAAGUUCGAGAAGAACUUCAUCACCCAGGGUAACUACGAGAACCGUACGGUAUUCGAGUCGUUAGACGUCGGCUGGCAGUUGCUCCGUAUCUUCCCCAAAGAAAUGUUGAAACGUAUCCCAGCUUCUAUAUUAGCGGAAUUCUACCCGAGGGACUCCCGCCACUAGUUCUAUUAUUAAGAAUUUAUUAGGUUUGUUAUGAAUGUCCACUUGUAUUUUAACCGUAGCCUUUCUGUAAUUUUAAGCCCAUUCUGGUGCAAUUUUGUAAAUAUAUUAUUAACGAGAGCGUUCCACGAACGCCCCGGGUCAUGCAUCCCUCAUUUUCCCCGUCAUUUCUGUAUUUUGUAAAUUGAUUUUCCUGAUAGGCGAGCCCUGAAAUCGUUGAUAUGUAUAUUUUUCCGAGUAGUUGGAAAUAAGACAAUAUUGUAAAUGUAAAAUACCGCGUAAGUUGAUAUUUUUAACAUUGCUAGCGCACCGCAUUUUAUUUUUUAGUUUCGACUGUAAUUUUUUUUUCGUCGUGAAAGUGGAAAGCCAACAUUCCAUAUUAUAUCAUUGCCCUAAGUUGUAUGAAGCAAUACACCCACUUAUAUACAGCUUUCAGUAUUUUUAUUAUAGAUAUAAUGGUGAAUGGAAAUUUUUCUUCGAUGUAGAAGUUGACGUUUUGAUGUUAUUGUAAAAAUCUAAUUUUACGUUCUAGAUUAGUGUACAACUGUGAAUAAAAACAAGUCAUACAUGUUACCAAA